AUGAUUCGUGUGCGUGAACGGCUGUGGACAAAAGGCAGUUGUGGUGACAUGAUGGCUUCAACGCGAAACCCACCACUGUAUCUCUGCAAGUCUCUUGUUGCCAACACUUCGAAGAGUCAUCAACGUCCAUCUUUUUGGAUGCUUAAGAAACUCAAGAAAACAUGGAAAGAAGAAGAACAGAAGUCUCAAACCCCUGCUCCUUCUCCAGACGGCCCCGUUUCGCAGACCCAUGACCUGAAAGAAUCUCGUCUCGACAUCGCCGCAAAAUCUGGGGCCAAACGAACCCGAGACAACUUCGAGCAAGAAGCCACCGGCCCACCUGCUGAACGCCCUACCAAAUUUCUCAAAGCUGCUGCGUCGGAUUCUCUACGAAACCAUCUGCCAGAAAUAGUGGACUCGCGCGAGAAAGAGGAGGAACUUCACAUAUCGCUUGCCAAUCUGAAGGAACACAUUUUUGAACAAGCGAAGCAGCAGAACACUAUUGCGGUCCUGCCGCCCACAAAAUCGUCGACAAAUCUUUUGGUUGAAAUUAUUGCAUGGUCCAUUGAUCAAGAGAAAAUUCGACCCAGAAGCUUCCUCUCUAGGCAUAGAACGGCUUUGUUGAUUGCUGAUGAUGCCUCAGCAAUGGAGUCGUUUUCUUCUGCUCUUGAAGAAGCGAUACCUGGUAUAACUCUUGCACAAUACACAGAGGAGACUCAGUCUCUUGAGUUGUCAACAUGGGUCGAAAUUUCAAGGCGAGACCUAGUCAUGGUCCCUUCUCGCCUCUUGCUUGAUUCUCUCUUACGAGGCGCAUUGGCAAUAACACAACUCCAUUUCUUAAUCAUAAGCGAUGCUCAAAAUAUCAAGAACCAGGACUCUCAUGCUACUGUGCCCAUGGUUCAGGUGAUGAACGAUUUUUAUCGUGUCACUGAUGCUCUCUCCAGGCCUCGCAUUUUUGCACUUGCGUCACCUCCUCCUGAGAGGCGUUCGCAUUUUGAUUCAAAGAUGCUGAAGCUCGAGCAGGCCUUGGAUGCCAAGGUUUUUGGUGUCACGGAGGAGAGAAGAGCUGAAAUCACAGCCCUACCGGAUCGCCCAGAUGAAAUCGUGAUUAUGUACGAUACACUACGGCGAUCUUCAGAAACCCGCCUUCUCAAACAACUACAUCAAGUUGAUCCCACUGAGUCGGUUUUCCGUCGACAUUACCUCGCUUCGCGGUAUGCACACGAUGAAGUUGGCUCUUGUGCUUCCGACCUAGUUUGGCGACGUGCUUUGAAGGAAAUGGAAACCAGAGUACCUUGGUACAGCGAUCUUGACGAGGAAGAACUUGACGAAUUUACGGAAGAGAGCAUUAAGAUGCGAAUUCAGAAAAUUGUUAAAAAUUGGGCUUUUACCAUGCCCAAUCUGGAUGCCUCCUCAAGAGGGUUCAAUGUCUCUCACAAGUUUCUACGGUUGGUUCAAGUGCUUAUGACGUUCAAGUCUUACGGUGAAGGCUUUCGUGGCAUUAUAUUUGUUCAACGACGAGCAGUGGCUUUGGUUUUGGCGGACCUCUUGCGCACCCUCGACGACCGACUUGGCUUUCUGAGACCGCAGUCCGUUGUUGGAUCCAGCUACAGCGUGGAUCACAAUUACUAUCAUGAAAUAUUCCAGAACUUUGCCACUGGUGUUUGCAACCUUUUGAUAGGGACGAAGUCUAUUGAAGAUUUGGACGUCCCAAAGGCCUCAGUCGUCAUCCGAUACGACCUGUUCGAAAGUCAGGUCUCGCAUGCAUAUGUCCGCGCCCGUACACGAGGACGAGAAAGUCAUUUGAUCCACAUGAUUGAAAGAGGAAAUGACGUUCAUCGGCGAAUUCUAUCACGUAUCACAAAUCUCGAUACAAGUAUGCUUCGUUGGACGGAAGCUCUAUGUAGCUCUUCUCAAGGGUCUAUACCUCCAACAAGUUUAAGAGAAACCGCCAAUCCCUAUCAUUCAGAUAGUGAAGUCGAGGAAGAGGAAAAAAAUUCGCAUCCCUACAUCCAAGAUCCCACAACAUGUGGCCGACUUUAUCUACAAGAUUCGACCACAGUCAUCUAUCGUUACGCGGCGAGCGUACACUGGAAAGUUGAUGGCAUCCCAGAUGGCCAAAAGCUUUUCGAUUUCCAAGAUAUUCAGAAAGAAUUCGGUGUCCCUCGAGCUCACAUUUGCAGUAUCCACCUGCCUGGAUCACCCAUUCAUGGAAUAUCUGGCGAUCUCUUCCCUUCCAAGGCUCAAGCCCGGCGGUCAGCCUGUUUUAAGGCUUGCGAAGCUCUCUAUAAAUUUGGGUUGUUGGAUUGUCGGCUCGUUCCGAUACCUUCUACUCUCCGUGCCCAACAUACAUACGAACGUAACAGAUCUCCUGGCAAGGAUAUCCUCCCCGACGUGAAAUCAGCCGGAACCAGGUCUUAUCCUCGCAAGCAGCCGAACUUCUGGAUGGGCAUCGCCAGAAAAUUGCCAACGACGUUGUACCCAACUGUCGUUUAUAUCAACGAUUCGACUGAAGGGUUGGAAGUUUUUGCUCCCAUUGCCAUCCUCACGCGAGACCCUCUUCCGGAUUUACUCCCUUUUCGACUCUUUUAUUCAGGACUGGCAAUUCGUGCGCGUUUCCAGAAGGCAGCACCGUUGAAUCUGAGCGAAGAGCGCAUGAGGAACGUCCAUUCCUAUACCUCUCGAAUUUGCCGAGCCAUUAUGAAUAAGGCAUUAGUAUGCGCGUUAGAGGACAUGGCGUACUUCUUUCUGCCACUCCCUACUAAUUGGCGGCCCCCUGAGAAUAGUGGUCUCUACGUCCCGAACAUAUCCGAUACCAUCCCUUGGAAUCUCGUAGAACUCGCGGCACGCCACUGGGCUGUUCCUAUCAAGAAUGACUUGCCAGAGGAGUUGGAAACUGAUCUGCAAGACGCGAUCGUUCAGGACCGGUGGAUAGAGUUUACUCGCCGGUACCGAGUAGUCAGAAUUCGACGUGAUCUCACCCCAAUGAGCAAACCUUUGGAUAGUCCACGCGAAGUGAGAUAUUCAAGUCUAUUCGACUUUUGCAAAGCAAAAAGGAAAAAUCUUGAAGAGUUGAAAAACUAUAAUCAAGCAAUUAUCGAAGUCUCCAAGGUCAACGCAGUCCUCAAUCACCUCAAUCCGACUGCAAAGCCCCCAUCUAACUCCACAAAAUUUCCUGCAAAAUACCUCAUUCCUGAAUUAUGUUGUAAAUUUACAUUACCCGCCAGUACUUUGCGGACAGCAUUGCUAUUGCCUUCGAUCAUGAGGAGGCUAGAUGAUCUGCUUCUGGUGAAGGAAUUGAAUGCAAAAUUCUUUGAUAACACAGUUCGGGAAGACCUUUUGCACAACGCCAUCUGCACGCCCUCAGCAGGUCUGGAGUACGAUUACGAGCGCCUUGAACUUCUUGGCGAUGCUUUCCUGAAAUACCUGUCGUCAGUCUACGUAUUCGUUACCAACCCAUCCCUCAAUGAGGGAUCUCUCCAUGUUGCUAGACAGAAGAUCAUCAGCAACAGGUCAUUGCUUUUCCAUUCGACUCGUGUCGGUCUACCAGGAUACAUCCAGUCAAAGGUCUUCACCUAUAAAGCCUGGCAGCCUCCCAAUUUCCGUGUAUACAUUCCUCCCAAAGUGCCGAAGAACGAGGAGAGCAAAGCCACGGACCAACCGCCAGCUAAUGAAGGCGACGAAGGCACGGAGAUUGCAGCGAUCAAUGCGGAGACCGCGCAAGACCCUCCUCUCUUGAACGUUUCCGGAAGCGUAUACAACGAAGGCGACAAAAUGGAAAUCGGAACACCGUUAGUGAUAGACAAUGUGCCACUUUCGGACAAUCCAAGUACACCUGUGGUUCAGUCCGUCAACAUGGAGGACUCCACUGCGGAACCUAGUGCACCAGAUCCAGAAGGCAAUGAAAGUAGUCGCCCGAUAUCACCAGCGCCAUCACUGUUUGGCGCCCUUGAUGAAGACAAGGUAGUGUCAGAGCCAAAACCCCAAGAAACGGCCACGAAGAAAAAGCCGAAAAGCAAGAAGAAGAAAGCCGGUGCGGAGGAUCAAACAGUGCAAUGGCUUGGGGAUAAGGCUAUCGCAGAUGUGGCGGAGGCCAUAAUUGGGGCAGCAUAUAUUUCUGGGGGACGUGAGGCAGCGCUGCAAGUCACCAAAGCUUUGACGAUUCCUCUUUCAAACAUCGACCGCUGGUCGGACUUUGGCCGAAAGGUGUUAACGCCUCCUCCCAACGCUACUGCUAAACUUCGACCAGGGUCAAUCGCUGCGAUUGAGGAGAUUAUCGGACACAAAUUUAACAGACCGCAUCUUCUAGGGCAGGCAAUGACGCACUCCUCCAUCCAGGGAUAUGAGUCCACCUCGUAUGAGCGUCUCGAAUUUAUCGGAGAUGCGAUUUUGGAUUUCAUGGUUAUCCGGCACAUUUACGAUCGUGAUCAGCAGUUGUCCCCUGGAGCUUUGACGAUGUUGAAGGGUGCAAUGGUUUCUAAUUCGGCUUUAGCUGCGGUCUGUGUUUGGUCAGGGCUGCAAGAGUACCUCCUUUUCGAGUCGUCGCAGCUGGCAUACAGCAUACAAGCCUACGCCAACGAGUUGAAGGAGCGACAGGAAAAAGAGUAUGCACUCGCAGUGCAAGAAGGCCGAUCUCCUGGUCAGUACUGGUUAGACCUCGAGCCACCAAAGGCACUUUCCGACGUCGUUGAAUCCAUUAUUGGGGCCAUCUACAUCUCAGAUAAUUUUUCCCCGGUCGGGGCCGAAUCACUUUUCGACCAUGUGUUGAAGCCCUUCUACGACAAGCACAUCACACUGCAUACGCUCUCCCACCAUCCCACAAAGAUUUUGUUCGAGUUGUUCCAGGCUCAGGGUUGUCAGCACUUUGAGAUAGUAAAGGACAACGAUGAAACUACUAAUCGCUGCCAUGUCCUGGUGCACGAGGUCAUAUUGGCCAGCGGCGAAGAUAUGACAACGACUUCAGCUGCCAGACAAGCCUCAAUGCUCGCGUUGGACGCGUUGGAAGGCGAUUCCGAUUUUAUGACCCGGACAUGUGAUUGCCGGACACACCUCACUCAUAAGAAGGCUCGGAAGAGAACGGCAUUCGAACAGGCUCUCGAGCAGGCACUUGCUCGCGGAAAUGAUGGAGACAUUGAAGACCACAUUGAUGCGGCUGCGGUGAAAGACUCGUUGGAGAUUUUGGCGACGGAGUCGAUGGCUGGGGGUCAGACCAUCAGUAGUAUUUCAUGA